AACUGUCUAAAAAUCAUUUUGGUAGUCGAUCCUUUCUUCACUCAUAUCGUCUACCAUAGUUCAGUGCACUAGUUUCCGUUCUGAUGGAAAUCCAGCUGAGUUGCGGCAACACCGACGAGACUCUGGAUUUCUUUGGGGUGUCCGCAUCAUCGGUGAUCGGUUUAAUCAAACUAAUAUUCAUCAAGUUACAUCAAGAGGAUUUACGGAGGAUCAUCUUGUCAGCACUGAAGGACUGGUCCACGUUCGUCGACAGAUCUCCGGCAAAAGAUAUAAUGUUGAAAUAUACAUAUCACGGCAAACUGGUAUGCCGUAUGCAAAUAGGCCUCGGUCUGGUUAUCAUUACAACGAUGAUAUUGGAUGCUUUGCCAGCUUCGGAGUUAUCUCUUUUGAAUAAUAUCACAACUAACGAUGAGAUUGUUAAACGAAUACCUCUUAAGACGAUGUGCCUCUUUGGCAACAUGUCAACGUCUACUUAUUGGACAGUUUUCAUUUUACAGGGAGUACAGCUGUUGGAUGCUGUAAUCCUCGAUUGUGGAAAUGACGUUUUUUUCUUCGGGAUUGCCAUGCAUAUUUGCGGUCAGUUCGAUGCACUCAAGAUAUUUUGCGAAGAAUUUAAAGUGGAAGAUGAAGAGAAUCGUGUUCAGAAAAUCAAAGAAUUUGUUGAGAGACAUUCGCAUAUCUUGGAUCUCGUUCAUCGACUUGGGAAUAGUUUCAAUUAUAUUCUUUUGGUAAUUUUAAUGGGCAAUGGGUUACACAUCUGUUCAGCAGGAAUACAAAUAGUUGUGUUAUCGAAAGAAAGCGACCUAAUUCCUCUUGUCAAAGCAGUUCUUUUAUUCAACAUACUUCUCGGACAACUUUUUCUUUAUAGCUACGCUGGAGAUUAUUUGUCAUCGUUGUCCGAAAAUAUUCACCAUGAGAUUUACAAUUGUCCUUGGUACGAAUUCUCACCAAAUAUUAUUCGAAAUUUAAAAUUCAUCAUUAUGAGAACGCACAUACCAUUUCGCCUUAAAGCAGGAAAGUUUUAUGCUAUGGAUAUGGAGAAUUUCAAGAGCAUUCUAAAAGCAUUUUUUUCAUAUUUUUCUCUCUUACGAAUAGUAUUCGACAAAUGACAGUACAUAUUUCGUUUGCAUCAUACGAAAUGAUGAUCAGUGUAAGUAAUAAAAAUAAUCUUAAUUAAGCUUAAUAACUUAUCGUCCACUACAAUCCAUUAUAACCUAAUUGUAUAGUUGAAUGAAAUAAACUCAACGAAAACAAAAAUAUUAUUUCUAAUAGUACCUCUACAAAUAUCAUUAAUAGAAAGUUUAUUUUUCAAACUUACUUAAUUUUUGAUUUAUCUUUACGAUCCAUUUUUUUUCUAAUUUCAUAUUCCCUUUGUAACCCUGAUGUAUCUCUUAUCACCAUGUUUAAAAUUCACUAUACACAGCACCAACAAAGUCCUUCUACAGUGGACUGUGUCGAAGUUGUUUUGUUGCGAAGCUCUACGGUUACUCAACAAUUUUAUUAGUAAGUAUAAGUAAAAUAUAUUCAUCAUAAAAUUGAAGGAAAGAGAGAGAGAGAGAGAGAGAGAGAGAGAGAGAGAAAAGAGUACAUUUUCUUACUACAAUAUUACUGUACAAAAUAUUUACCAAGAAGACACUUUCCAAAAAAUGACGUUAAAGGUAUGAAUUCCAUAGAAAGGAAAUUCGACAAUGCUAU